GCUCCGGCCGGGUGUGCGGGUGCGGGGCAGCGGCGGCGGCACCGCGGGCCGAGAUGCCGCUCUUCGCCCCCAACCCCUUCGAGCAGGACGUGGAAAAAGCUACAAAUGAAUACAACACCAGUGAGGACUGGGGCCUUAUCAUGGACAUUUGUGACAAAGUUGGAAGCACUCCCAAUGGAGCCAAGGAUUGCCUUAAAGCCAUCAUGAAGAGGAUGAACCACAAAGUUCCCCACGUGGCUCUGCAGGCUCUCACACUUUUAGGAGCCUGUGUGUCAAACUGUGGGAAAAUAUUCCACUUGGAAGUGUGCUCCAGGGAUUUUGCCACUGAAGCUCGAGCUAUAAUCAACAAGGCUCACCCCAAAGUGAGUGAAAAGCUGAAAACCCUCAUGGUGGAGUGGUCAGAGGAGUUCCAGAAGGACCCACAGUGCAGUUUGAUCUCUGCCACCAUCAAAUCCCUGAAGGAGGAGGGGGUGACUUUCCCUGCAGCAGGAUCCCAGGCUCCCAGCAGCACAGCCAAGAAUGGCUCCUCAGGCAGCAAAUCCAAAGAGGAUGAGGACAUAGCUAAAGCUAUUGAACUGUCCUUGCAAGAGCAGAAGCAGCAGCAGCAGCAGCUGGAGAGCAGAGCCCUGUACCCCAGUGCAGAGAUGAGCCCAAACCCCCCCAGCCUGAGGAAGGUGCGAGCUCUCUAUGACUUUGAAGCUGUCGAGGACAAUGAGCUCACCUUUAAAAGUGGAGAAAUUAUUUUUGUUUUGGAUGACAGUGAUGCCAACUGGUGGAAAGGGGAGAACCACAGAGGGGUGGGGCUGUUCCCAUCCAACUUUGUCACCUCUGACCUGAGUGUGGAGCCCGAGGCAGCAGCUGUGGAGAAAAUCUCUGUUCCUGAGGACACUGCAGAAGAAAUUAAGAAAGCAGAACCUGAGCCAGUUUAUAUUGAUGAGGAGAAGAUGGAUAAAACACUGCAGGUGCUUCAGAGCAUAGAUCCCACAGAUUUAAAGCUUGAUUCUCCAGAUCUGCUCGACUCAGAAGAUAUGUGCCAGCAGAUGGGUCCAAUGAUAGAUGAAAAACUGGAAGAGAUAGAUAGGAAACAUUCCGAGUUAUCCGAGCUGAACGUGAAGGUUCUGGAAGCUCUGGAGCUCUACAACAAACUGAUGAAUGAGAGCCCCAUGUACUCAGCCUACUCCAAACUGCAGCACCCUGCACAAUUCCCAGCCACCUCCUCUGUGCAGUCGUAUCCUGUGCAGCCUCCCAGUGGGAAUUACAUGGUGCAGGGAGUGUCCAUGUCCCCAGGGUACAGCCUGGCCCCCAGCAUCAGCUCUGCAGCCCCCCAGGCACCUCCAGCUGCUUAUUUAAGCCCCGAGCCCGCGCUGCCGCCGCCCUUCGCCAGCGUCGCCGGCACGGGCGCCUUCCCCCAGCACCAGAUGGGCAUGGCCGUGGACAUGGCAGCAUUCCAGAGCACCCCAGGAGCACCUUACCCCGGGCCACUCCCUGCUCACUCCCUGCUCCAGCAGCAGCAGCCAAAUUUCCAUCAGCAGCCCCUGCUCUGAAGGGAUGGAGGAGUUCUGACCCGCCGUGGACACCCGAGUCCAUUUUCCUCUCAGAGAACCCAACUCGCUGCAUUAGGGUGAUGCAGAGUAAAAAUAGGCACCAGCUCUGAUGGUUAUUUGCAUUUUUGCAUCCUGAACUAGAUUAGGGGAUGGUUUAAAAUAAUUCCCCGUUCCUCCGAGUCCUUUUUUUUAUUUUUAUUUUUUUCCCUCUCCCCUGCGCUUUCAGGAAACGCCACUUGUGAAUCUUUGAAAGAUUGUCCCAAAAUAAUUUCUCUCUUUUCAAUGUGUUUCUGGAAGCUUGAGGAUGCUGAGAUGCUGUUGCUUUGCCUCCUCUGGUGUCUCUGUAAUCCUUCUGUCCCAGUGGCUUUAGGGAAUCUCUGCAGUUUCCCUUCCUGAAGGACUCGCUGCAGAACCCGAGGGAUCCCUGGCUCCAGCUGGAAGCUCUGCCACUCAGGACCUGUGGAAAUUGGAGAAAAAGAGGCUUUUAACAGUGCUGCCUCUAUAUUUCAGCAAGCACAGAGAAUUGCUGUGUGUUUCCUGGCAUUCCCUGGUGUCUUGGCACGAGGGAGGAGCAGGCAGGGGAUGCCCCCUGGAUCCGAGGUGCUGAGCCAGGAACUUGCACACAACCUCUCCCCAGUUUUCCUUCAGUUUGGAUGGAUGUGGAAGUGGAGCAGCAUUGGAAUUCCUUGUGGGAAAGCAGAGGGAUGGAGGUUUGAAGCUGCUGAAGACUCUGAGGAUCUGUUCCCUCUCCAAGGGGGAGCUGGAUCAGGAAUGGGUUUGGUGGGUUCAGGGGGUUCUGCCUCUCCUGGAUUUCCUCUCUCUGUGUCUGGAGCAGCCCUGGCCCCAGAGGAGCUCCUGGGGAAGGGGCUGGGAGCUCAGCCCACGUGCUCUGGGUUGGGCUCUGUGCUCCUGGAAGAGCCCUGGAGCAGGGAUUGCCUGGGAAAUCAAAAUUUCUGCCCUGGGAAACCCAAGAAUUUCUGCCCUGAUGCACUUUUUAAAGGGUGGGCUUUGUCCAUGGGAGCAGAUGGGCUGGAUCAUCCUUUGGGAAUGUGGGAUUUCUUUCUUUUUCUUGUGUCAACUGCUGAAAAACAACAAAAACAAA